UAUUAACCACCGAAUCAUAUCAUAUCUGUUUACAUCAAUUACAUGAGAUAUUCUACACGUAAGCAUCUGCUAUAAGUAGGUUAUAUUCUAACGACUGCGUGUAACCAUCCAUCCCCUGCUUUACUUCAAGAACGCAAGACACACCACUACGCUUCGCUAAAGAAGCUACGGACCCAUCGAGCACCAGGCACAUGGCGGCCAGCAACGGCGGCGCUCUCCCGGUGGUGGACCUGGCGCCGUUCUUCGCCGGGGACGGUGCCCACGACAACAGCGCGCGCGCCCGGGCCAUCGAGGCCGUGCGCCAGGCGGGCCAAGCGACCGGGUUCUUCCGCGCGGUGAACCACGGCGUGCCGCGCGAGCUCAUGGCACGCGCUUUGGAGCUAUCGGCAGCGUUCUUCGCGCUCCCGGACGAGGAGAAGGCCAAGGUGCGGCCCGCCGAGGCCUCCAACGCGCCGCUACCGGUGGGGUACGCGCGGCAGCCGGCGCACUCCGCCGACAAGAACGAGUACCUCCUCCUCUUCAACCCCAAGCUCGGGCUCAACCACUACCCCGCCGAACCGGCCGGACUCAGGGGCGCGCUGGAGGAGUGCUUCGCCAAGCUCGCCGACCUGGGGCUGCUCAUCCAGGACAUCCUGAACGAGUGCAUGGGCCUGCCACGAGGCUUCCUUGCAGAGUACAACGCCGACCGUGACUUCGACUUUCUCACGGCGCUGCGAUACUUCCCGGCGACAGCCGACGAGAACAACGGCAGCAGCGCGCACGAGGACGCCAACUGCAUCACCUUCGUACUGCAGGACGACGUCGGGGGCCUGGAGGUGCUCGGCGUCGACGGCCGCUGGGUCCCCGCGGAACCCGUGGAUGGCACCAUCGUCGUCAAUGUGGGCGACGUUCUGCAGGUGCUGAGCAACAAGAAGUUCAAGAGCGCCACGCACAGGGUGGUGAGGAGGCCGGAGGCGCACCGCCACUCCAUCGUCUUUUUCCUCAACCUCCACGGCGACAAGUGGGUCGAGCCGCUGCCGGAGUUCGCGGCAGACGUCGGCGAGCCGCCGCGGUACAGAGGAUUCCGAUACAACGAGUACAUGCAGCUGCGCAUGAGGAACAAGUCCCACCCGCCGUCCAGGCCUGAGGACGUCGUCCACAUCACCCAUUACGAGAUCUAGCUCGCAAAAGCUUGCUUCCAGUCCAUGAUCCAUGCCGUAAUGAUCUGCUUUUUCUCCGUAGGGUCUCAAAUUUCAGUUCGUCCUCUGUUUGCCGUGUUAACUGUGAAGCGUAAUUUAGCAAAGCGAGAGUCUUAAACAGUAGAAG